GCCGGUCGGUCCUUGUUUCGUGAAUGACAGUCUUCACUUCACAGCUGGAUUGAUCCCAUUCACGCUUGUCACUGCGCCGGCUGACAAGUGAAGAGCAUGAAAUGGGUCAAUCCAGCCGAGGAAUGGAGACACAGAGAGGCAGGGCACGUACGGGAAAGACAAUCACUGACACAUGAGUCAGCAUGCAGCAAACACGUCAAGCCGCCCGCCCGCCCUGGGCAACCAGUCAGCUAUCGACAGAAACGUAUGCACGCAGGCAGUGGCUGCGGAGACAGCCGUGCCCGCUGAUCAGUCUUGUGGUCUUGUGGUGUGCUGGCAAUCGAAGGACUGAUCGAAGCAGCAGAGACAGACUGUCAGUGCAUUCAUGCCUUCACACGGUGCAUUCAUCCGCUGUAAGAGAGAGAUUGAUUGAUGGCCUCCACACAGCGGACAUACACACAUCACACACACACACACACCACGUGGAGGCGGGUGGGACGUAGGUGUGUGUGUCGGCAGAGAAGGAACGGCCGGGAGGAAUGCAUGGAUGUCGAGGCUCAUGGAAAUCCAUAUGGAUGAUCAGACACGCACCUUACUGUCACUGCACGCACGUCCCCUACGCAGAAAGAGUGCACCAGCACUUCCCUUCACCCACACCCACCCAUCCAUCCACACCACACACUGAUCCUUCAAGGAAGCAAGAGUGUGAAAACGACCCAUCGACACGCAGAUUGCAUCACCCAGCCCCCACACGCCAGACACGAUGUUCCCCACAGAAAGCUAGGCACCCAUCGACAUGUCAUGAAUGCGUUGGCAGCCUCACCAGCUGCAGCUCUACUCGUGGAGGGUACCCCUCCUCAUCGUCGUCAUCGUCGUCCCCCGCCCUGCUCAAAUCGGCAAUCAGCCCAUAGUGGGCUUUCUCUGCCUGAUCGAUGCACUGCUCCACUUCUCUACGGAACUCGGCCUCUCUGCCCUCGCCCCCCUCCCGAUCGUGCAGAGAAGUCAGAUAGACAGUCGCUUUCAGACAGACAGUCGCAGGCCGCACAGCAGCGAUCAAAGCGACGCCAGACGCAAGCCCACUCAUCGUGUUGCUAUUGAUCACUUCGACAGUCAUGGAGGCGAUGUGAGGGUAUCGGGCGCAGUCAGAGAUGGCAAGCACCUCUGAGCUACACACCGAGGCCCUCGUCUGCACCUUGACGCUCUCUAGCUUGGCAGUGGGGGGCAGCUGCGAUAGGCAAAACGCUGCCACGCCCAGGUUCGGCAAACGUGUCAGACUGACUGUCGUGAGCCUGUCUAAGGUGCCCAGCAAUGUGCCUGGGCCAUCGAGCCCGACAGGCACGCCGUCACACACACCCAGAUCGAGAACGAGGCUGGUGAUGUUGGGCAGAUGGCGAUUGCCACCGGUGGUGUCGCUCUUGGCUGCCAUCCACUGCGGCACACUCGACAAGGCCCGGGAUGACGUCAGCCCCCUCACAGACAGCGUGGUGGCCUUGGUGAAGACCAGCAGGCCGGCCCAUGACUGGUCCAGAGGCCUCCCGCCACACCGCAGAGUCACCUGGCCGGACAAGACAGACGGACGGACGGACGGACAGGCAGACAUACAGAUAGUACGCAGGAACCGAUGUGCGUCCCUUUGAGGCCUCCUGUCUUGUGUGUUGCUCACCUCAUCGGCCGUGCUACACAUGUCUUUGAUCAU